AUGCCCUCCUGGGCCCUCUUGGUGGUCAUCUCCUGCCUCCUCCCGGCCCCCCAAAACCUGGCACAAGUCACCAGCCAAGAUGCCUCCUUGCUGGCCUCGGACUCAGAGUCCCUGAACUGUUUCUCCCGAACAUUUGAGGACCUCACUUGCUUCUGGGAUGAGGAAGAAGCAGCGCCCAGUGAAAUAUAUCAGCUGCUGUAUGCCUACCCAGGGGAGAAGCCCCGUGCCUGCCCCCUGAGUUCCCAGCGUGUGCCGCCCUUUGGAACCCGGUAUGUGUGCCAGUUUCCAGCCCAGGAUGAAGUUCGCCUCUUCUCUCAACUGCACCUCUGGGUGAAGAACGCGUUUCUGAACCAGAAUCUGACCCAGCGGGUGCUCUCCGUGGAUAGUGUGGGCCUGCCAGCUCCCCCCAGCCUCAUCAAGGCCAUGGGAGGGAGCCAGCCAGGGGAACUUCAGAUCAGCUGGGAGGCCCCAGCUCCCGAAAUCAGUGAAUUUCUGAGGCAUGAACUCCGCUAUGGCCCUAAGGAUACAAGGAACUCCACUGGUCCCACAGUCACACUGCUGCUGUCCACAGAAACCUGCUGCCCAGCUCUGCGGAGACCAAACCUAGCCCCAGCUCUGGCCCAGUCUCCAUGUGCUCAGCCCAUGAUGCCCCAACAGGAUGUACCAGAGCAGACCUCCACAACUAGAGAAGCUCCAUCUCUGACAGUGAAGGGUGGAAGCUGCCUCAUCUCAGGGCUCCAGCCUGGUAACUCCUACUGGCUCCAGCUACGCAGCCAACCUGAUGGGGUCUCCCUCCGUGGCUUCUGGGGAUCUUGGUCCCACCCUGUGACCGUGGACCUGCCUGGGGAUGCAGUGGAAAUUGGACUGCAAUGCUUUACCUUGGACCUGAAGAAUGUUACCUGUCAGUGGCAACAACAGGACCAUGCUAGCUCCCAAGGCUUCUUCUACCACAGCAGGGCAUGGUGCUGCCCCAGAGACAGGGACCCCGUCUGGGAGAAGUGUGAAGAGCAGGAGAAAAAUCCAGGAUCACAGCCCUCCCAGUUCUCCCGCUGCCACUUCAAGUCACGAAAUGACAGUGUUAUUCACAUCCUUGUGGAGGUGACCACAGCCCAGGGUGCCAUUCACAGCUACCUGGGCUCCCCUUUCUGGAUCCAUCAGGCUGUGCUCAUCUCCCCUCCAAACUUACACUGGAGGGAGGUCUCCAGCGGGCAGCUGGAACUGGAAUGGCAGCAUCCAUCACCCUGGACAGCACAAGAGAUCUGCUAUCAGCUCCGAUACACAGGAGAAGGCCAUCAGGACUGGAAGGUGCUGGAGCCGCCUCUCGGGGCCCAGGGAGAGACCUUGGAGCUGCGCCCGCGCUCGCGCUACCGUGUACAGCUGCGCGCCAGGCUCCACGGCCCCACCUUCCACGGGCCCUGGAGCGCCUGGUCCGACCCAGUGAGUGUGGAAACCGCCUCCGAGACGGCCUGGAUCUUCCUGGUGACCGCUCUGCUCCUGGUGCUGGGCGUCAGCGCCCUCCUGGGCCUGCUGCUGCUGAGGUGGCAGUUUCCUGCGCACUACAGGAGCCUGAGGCAUGCCCUGUGGCCCUCACUUCCAGACCUGCACCGGGUCCUAGGCCAGUACCUUAGGGAUACUGCAGCCCUGAGUCCGUCCAAGGCUGCAGUCUCAGAUGCCUGUGAGGAAGUGGAGCCCAGCCUCCUUGAAAUUCUACCUAGGUCCUCAGAGAAGACUCCCUUGCCCCUAUGUUCCUCCCAGGCCCAGAUGGACUACCGAGGAUUGCAGCCUUCUUGCCUGGGGACCAUGCCCCUGUCUGUGUGCCCACGCAUGGCUGAGACAGGGUCCUACUGCACCACUCACAUCGCCAACCAUUCCUACUUACCACUCAGCUGCUGGCAGGCCCCUCGCUCCCAGUACCCUGGACAGAUCCAAACCCUCUAGUCCUUCCUUCUGAACUUCCCUACCCACUCCAUCCCAACAACACAACCAUCUCAGACCUCAUGUCCUUCCCGGUUGUCUACCCUCCUAGCUGGGCUUCAUAACACUGAUCUUUCAGUACUGCUGCUGACAUAAAUCCAGGACAAGGCUCAUUUCACUAAGCUCCUCUAAAUUUCACCUCCUUUCUCUCUCCUCUUUAAUGCCAAACUCCUUGAAAAGGAGUGUCCACUUCCUGACUCCCAUUUGCUCCCCAGACUACUUCAAUUCAUUCCCCUACUACCACUCUGCUAAUGAAACUACUCAGGCAAAACUCACCUCAAAUUUUUCUCAUCACAAGAUCCAAUCAGAUUUUGUUAAUUCUCAAUCCAUUUGAUCUCUCUGUUGUCAUUUGUCAUGGUGACUACUCAUUUCUCCUUUAAAUUCUCUCCUCCAUGGCUUGCAGACAUCACCAUCUCUCCUGGCUCUGCUCGGGUCUCUCUGAGUAUACUAAUAGUUAAGAGCAUAAGCUCUGGAGUCAGAGCUGGGUUCAAUUCCUGUCUUUCCCAUUUGCUAGCUGUAUGGCCUUGAGCAAAUAAAGUCUUUGAGCCUUAAUUUUCUCAUCUAUAAAACAGGGAUAAUAACAGAACCCCAUAGAGUUGUAAAGAGCAUUUAGUGAGAUAAUCUAAGUAAAGCACAGUAACUAGGACAUAGUAAGUGUUUGACAUGUCUAAACUAUGGUAAUUAUUCCUUCUUAAUCUUAUCCUGGAAUCUCUUCCACUCCUUAAUUACUGCAGUCCCUCAAGAGUCCAUUCUUAACAGUCUCCAAUACCAUCCGCUCUCAUUGCCUUUCCUAUAUGCUGACCAUUCCAAAGUUCUUAUCUCCAGCCCAGACCUCUACUACAGCACCUGUAAUGGUUUAUGCAAGUAACCGUUUACAUGUCUGUCUUCUGUUACUAGAUUGUGAGCUCCUUGAGGGCAAGGGCUGUGAUUUAUUUGUCUUCCCUCCA